GUGAUCUUGCUUCCAUGCACUAUAGUUUUAUAUUCAUGUGUGAUCUGUAGUAUAAAGCUACGAGAGAGUGAGUGGAGUGAAUAGAUCGAGUAGAGAAGUUGAAAUCGUUCAGUUCACGAAACGUUGUUGAAAGAUUCUCUGAAUUUCUAUUAAACUAAGAUAAACAUGGCUCGUACGAAGCAAACUGCCCGUAAAUCUACUGGAGGAAAGGCACCUAGGAAGCAACUUGCUACAAAGGCAGCACGUAAAAGUGCACCUUCUACUGGAGGUGUAAAAAAACCCCAUCGUUAUAGACCUGGAACUGUAGCGCUCAGAGAAAUCAGAAGAUACCAAAAAUCUACGGAGCUGCUAAUUAGGAAAUUACCAUUUCAACGAUUGGUUCGUGAAAUUGCACAGGAUUUCAAAACUGAUUUGCGUUUCCAAAGUGCAGCUAUCGGUGCUUUGCAAGAAGCAUCUGAAGCUUAUUUAGUUGGUUUAUUUGAAGACACAAAUUUAUGUGCUAUUCAUGCUAAGCGUGUUACUAUCAUGCCUAAAGAUAUUCAAUUAGCACGAAGAAUUCGUGGUGAACGUGCUUAAAUUUCAAACAACUUACAAGUUUUGUUUCUAUUCAUUUUAUUAUCAUGUCUUGUGACAUUAUUCUUCAAAGUAAUUAAAUACAUUGCAAUUCAGUUCUUCCCACAAAUAUUCACUAGAGUCUACACUGCCAAGCACUAUAAGUAGUAUAAAUGGGGAAAUAUAAUCUAGGUUUGCCUGUUCUAUUAAAUAAAUUAUAGAAAAAUAUUAAAAUCUAGUAAUAGACCAUUAAUUUCUCCAAUUAUGGUAUGUGAACAUGAUUAUAGUGGAUUAGUAUUUGUAAUCAAACUUAUAUCAUACAUGCAAGCAAUAAGUCAUACAAAACAUUUUGAUAUGUAGAGUAUCAAGAUUAGAAUGAUAGAACAUAACUCAUAUUUUUACAAUCUUACGAAAUUUGUCAUGUUAAUUUAAGUUUCAUACAUUUAAUGUUGUGUAAAAAAACAACAUAAAUUUAUGUUUGGAAAGUACCUUAUUAUUUUAUUAUAAUAUUAGGCCAAAAUGUUUUGUAAAUGUAAAAUUUCGUUUAUAAGCAAUAUUAUGUAAGAAAAUUUCGAACUGCAUUUACACACAUAUUUCAUAAAUAUUAGAUUAAUAAAAUAAUAAUAAUCAUCUGUGA